AUGGUUAAAACAGGUAUAGGGUUUCUGCCUCGACGCCUGGUAACCUACCCUUGCUCGAUUAGCAGUGAUUCAAAGCCAUCUUCUCAUCUAGCCUCCCCAUGGCAUCAGCAACAGCAGCUUCUAUCAUCCACCUCAAGUUUACUACCACAGGUUAGCAGUGGUGGCAUUGGUGACACUGCUCUAACCUCUUCCUUCUUCAGCAGCCCCGUGCCUCAUCUGGCCUCGGACUUCUUGCCUUCUCCUGUAUCUGGCACUAUUUCUUACUCGACAGCUUCCAUCUCCUCUGUGGCUGCAUCUACCAUCCAUAUGCCUAGCCUCUCAAAGGCUUCCAAUUCAGGCCAUAUGCUCACUGGAUCUACUCUCACCACUAACGCCUCUGUCGCCCCAAUUUCUACCAUCACUGAUAACUGUAGCUGUAAUAUCAACCUGCCUCUCCUGGCUGGCUCAGGACAUGGUAUGGUGGCCCGGAGUGUUCUCCAGUCAUCAACCGGUGUUUUAUCGAACUAUACAGUUCCGAAACAAGUUCAGCUUCAUCAGGCUCAUAAUCUACACCAGCAGUAUCAACAACAGCAUACCGUUUCUUUGACAUUUCCUGAGCCCCUCGACUUAGAAGCUCGUCUAAUUUUUCCUACUUCUCUGGCAAGCCUAGAUGUAACUGACUCAUUGAUAUCUUCAAGUGAUACUGCUACCCUCCUAACUACUUCCCAUUUAGCUACACAAGGUAUGGAAAUUGCAUCUACAUUCGUUAAUGGUGUCACUGCCAUGCAUGCCGCAAUGCCAUGCUCUGAAGGUAUCUUCCACAGUGUCCCUUCUGCGUUCUCGGCAAACCCUACCUCUGUUAGCACUUCCACUGCCAUAGCUUACAACGCAGAUAUUACUUCCUCUUAUUCUGGGACUUCAGAUCAAUUCCACCUCCCUCUGGACACGAGAACCUCUUCUUAUAUAGGGAGCCGAAUUCAUCUAUUGUCACCGACAUCACCUACUGAGGCAUUUUCUGGUGAUUCUAUAGCCAUCGCCUCACCCGAGCCAAAAUAUCCUCAAGUACAUAUAUCACACCCUCAACAAUCUGCACUCUUCUCGCCAGCACAACAGCAUACACCACAGCCAAAACUACAUCAGCAUCAGCAGCUUCCGCAUUCCGGAUUUCUAUUAUUGGGUAGACAGCUGGUCUCUGGUUCAACAAACCUCUUAUCCUCUAACAAGUCAUCCAUGGAACAUACAGCAACCUCGACGGCAGCGGCAACGGAGCUUUUAUCCACAGUCGGAGUCCCGGGAAUAGGGCAUGACAUUCGGUUAGUUCACUCGCCAUCAGGCCGCUUUCAGCAGGUUCAGACACCAGGUAUUUUCUUUGGGCCAAGUUUAGAUAAUUCGCCACAAAUCGGAAUGCUGUCCGUCAAUCAUCGUCACUUCGGAAUCCCAGUUGUCUCAUUGCCAGCUAAUAAUGUGGCAUCCACUGGUCUGUUUUUGUCUACUGCCGAUACAAAUGCAGCUGUCAAUGUCUCGGUGUCUGGGAUCGAGACCGGGGCACGACGCUUGCUGCUUGCUGACGAACUUCUUGGGACCGAUGUCACUUCCAAUCAGCUCCUCGGUUUGAAUGAGCUUGAAAUGGCCGGGCUUCUCGGUCCACCUUUCAACCUCUCUGUUUCGUCAUCACAAUGA